UCACCUUGUCCUUGCGUUUGCAGCUUGCCGGAAGAUAUUCUAGAAUCUUUUCGCGUGACAGUAUGGCAGCCGUUAAGUCGCACAUGACGCCACACACAACCAGCUCAUCAGUUUCCGGAGCGAGUUCAACCUACUUUCGCGAUACCAGCUUGAAGUUCGAGUUCAGGAGCCUUCGCUCGCAUGCACCGCCUGGCGUCUACGUUGCUCCAGCAGCGGGAAUGCCGCUGACGUGGAAGGGUGUCGUCUUCGUCUGUCAAUGCGCGAGCGUCGUGGAUACGCUAACUGGAGCUGGGCUGACUAACUACAUGGGAGAACAGAUUAGCGACCGCCCUGACGUAGUUGCAGGCUCGCAGGACGAGGUGAAAGGCGAGCAGCAUAAAACGGAUACCUCCAUGGGCUCGAAGAUGGAAAUUCAGGGAAGUGCCAGCUCAAUCGGGUACAGCGGAUGGUACGAGGGCGGGAUCUUCGAGUUCCGCAUCUCCUUCCCCAACGACUACCCGCGAUCGCCUCCGCAACUGCGCUUCGACCCUCCGGUGCUUCAUCCGCAAAUCGCGGCGGACGGCCUGCUCGUGCUCGACGGCGUGCUUUCACUGCAGGAAAAGCGGACCCCGCAGACCCCGCAGACCACGUCAGGCGGCAAGGGAGGAGGAACCAGCGGUGGCCACGUCAUCCCGCUGCUGUUCCACGUUCACCGCAUGUUCCAAACCCUCCGUCCGUGGGCCCCCAACUUGACUCCCCUUCCACCGGUGGAUGGCCCGCAAGCAAGUUCCGCCAUCAUCGCGCGCGUGGAGAGCGGCGGAGGGCCCGCGGGAGAGGGUCAUGCGUGGCGGGGUGGAGCGGAGGGGCCGCUGGUAGGUGCGAAGGGAAACGCGGCGGCAGUGGGGAAUCCCGCCGCUGCAGCAAUGCUAGCGCACGCGCGAGACGACCUGUACGCUGCAGUGCGCCGGUGCGUGGCUAGCUCCGUGAAACGCGCCGAGACUCAGGCUCGGAUACGAGCGGGAUUCUGGGAGACGGGUAGGGAGGAGGCGAGCGGCGGGGGCAGGGCAGCCCAGGAGCAGCGGUGCGCGGAGCAGCAGGCGCAGAAGGAGGAGAUGGUUCAGCGCGUGUUGGCGGGUGAGCGAGGCCGUGACCUGUGGCAGAGUGUGCUGCUGACCAAGUGAUUAUGACGAAGAGGGGUUGGCGAUAGGAAUUCGAUACAGGUACCUGAAAUUCGAGAGUGAAGAUUACUC